UUGAGUCAGAGUCGUGAGUCACGAGUGUUGGUGAUGUUGUUGAUUCAUGCUGAGCAUCUCAUCCGAUCGACCGACCGACACACGAACCAUCCUAACAGCAGCAACCCCGCACAACAGUCACGAGUACUGGAUAUCAGCUUGAUCCAGUAUCCCUGGCGACUAUCUGCGUGCCAAGCCAAGUUCUGCGAGCCUCGUUCCGGCACCCUCGUCUAAGGUGUGCUGCCGUGGUCCAUCUGGACAGCAGACAUCGUACCACUGCGCACGGACAAUUCAUCCUUCCGUCUUCUGACGAGUCGAGCAUCGCCGUCGUAGCGAGCAGAUCAUCAUUGAAGCACGACACCCUUCUGCAGCACAGCAUGACCCGCGCACAGCGCUUCGGAACAGGUCUAGGGGCAGCAGUGCUGGUGUAUGCGCUCCUCUGGCUGGAUAUUUUGCCUCUCCCGCUCGUCAGCAAUGAGGUCAAGUGGGAAAUAUUGCCUGUGAUUCCCUGGUGGGUCCUCGUCAGCACGGGCUCCUACCUCCUUUACGGUAUUGGCUGGGGUCUCUACAACUUCAACGAUGUCCCCCAAGCGUAUGAUGAUCUCAUGGUGGAUAUCAAAGAUGCGAAGGAGUAUCUCGGAUCGCGGGGGGUCGACAUCUGAGCUAGACCGUCGGAGUCGAAGAGACUGGAAUGACUCUAUGUCAGGCCUGCACUGCACAUCGAAAUCGUAUUUGUACCUCGAUUGACGCCUUGAGAUGGAGCGUGUGGACAUGGAGCGCCAAGCGUCUUGAGGAAGGGGACAUGCGAGCGAAAAUUCAGGUGAGCGUGGUCGUGACUUGUCCGACUACAUCGGUCGGAAAGAGCAACGGAC